AUGCCCAGAGCCUUCCUGGUGAAGCGGCGCAGCCCGCAGCCCGCCGUGCGCAGCUGGGCUGGGCUGCCCGACGACGAGCGCGCCGACACCUACAUCCCAGGCGGCCUCGGCUGCGCCCCGGGCUACGAAGACAGCUGCAGCCUGGAGAGCAGCGGCAGCAGCGGGACGCGGGACCCCGAUCUCGGAGACCCCCCAACGCCGCAGGCGGCCCCGGAGGAGCUGGGCGCGCCCGGGGGGAUGCUGCUGGACCUGGCCGUCAGGCGCCCCGCCGUCAGGUCGAAAAUCAAGUUCACCACAGGCACCUGUACCGACGCCGCCGUGCACUCCUGCGAGCUGUGCGGCAAGGGCUUCCGCCUGCAGCGCAUGCUGAACCGGCACGUCAAGUGCCACAGCCAGGUGAAGAGGCACCUGUGCACCUUCUGCGGGAAGGGCUUCAACGACACCUUUGAUCUGAAACGCCACGUCCGGACCCACACCGGAAUUCGUCCUUACAAAUGUGAGGUUUGCAACAAAGCAUUUACCCAGCGGUGUUCCCUGGAAUCCCACCUCAAGAAGAUUCACGGAGUGCAGCAGCAAUACGCCUACAAACAGAGGCGGGACAAACUGUACGUGUGCGAGGAUUGCGGCUACACCGGCCCCACGCAGGAGGACCUGUACCUGCAUGUCAGCAGCGUCCACCCCAGCAGUGCCUUCCUGAAAAAAACCUCAAAAAAACUCGCAGCGGUCUUGCAAAACAAACUGAGCCCUGUCCUGCAGAGGAGCUCCAAAGAUGACGACAAAGAUGAGUAACGCGGUGGAUUACAAUGGUCUGCAGGAAUGAAGUUUACACGUAGGACUACAUAUAUAUUAUUUUUUUAAAAAACUAUUUUGAAAUAAAUCCCUGAAAGGGAUAUUUUUGUUAAUGGGACUCUCUUGAUACUGGUAGAACCUCAACUUGAAAGAAAUAUUCCCACAAAUCAUACAAACGUCAGACUUUAUCUGGUCAAAAAAAUGGAAACCCUAACCCUAAGAUGGAGUAUUUACUGACCCUGGCAUUCAGGUAACCUGACUGCCAUUUCAGCUCUCCUACACAUCUGAACGGUGCUGACAAAGAAGCUCACCUUUCCCCAGCACAUUUCUUCAAGACAUUAACAGUUACCUCCUGCAAAAACUAUUUUUGAGGUGUUUGGGUGAAAGGGGCCACGUAAGAGCGGCUCCUAGUAUGCUGUUCUGAUGUGCAAAGUUCAUUAAAAUUGGCUUACAAACAGUACAGGGUAUUGGUACUUAAGUUUAAACGUGCAAAUAACCUUAGCUCUGCCCCCUGUGCAGUAAAUGAACAAUUUGCAGAACCGUUAUCCAAGAUGAGCUGAAACUUUAUUUAAAACAACACAGACCUUUUUCCCUCCUAAACUUCCCCUUCCAGCACAGAGACUCGCAUUCUAGGGACUUCAAGCUGUGAAAUCAUUUCAACCUAUUCAGAUGUAAGUGCAACCUUAACGCUGACUUUUCUGGACUCCUCAUGCUCACUUGGGAAUUGUUACCAAAUCCUUUUAACUUAAAUCAAUACCAAGCCAGAACCCCAAAGAAAUCCUUUUAACAAUUGAAAGAUACGUAUUUUCUGUCACAAUGGAGUGUAACUGUGUGUGUAUUUUAUGGUGUGCGCGUGAACGUGGGUUGUUUAAAUUUUUAAAGAUCAGGUGCCUGUUCAUUAGUAUAACAAAGCUGUGCAAAGCAGAUAAGAGUGUGACAUAGGCUGUCUGCCUCAUGAGACAAGUGCAAAGCUGCAUGCAUAACUCCCCCCUAAUCACUGUUAGUUUAGAUGGCUCCUAGUAAGACUGAUGUUACCAGAGAAGGUGGUGUGCUGAUGACAAGGGACCAGUACUAUGUCCUUGCUUUUAGGACUCCCCUUAUAUCCAACACUGUAAAUCUCUUCAGAAGCUGCUGCAACCCUUACUGGGCACUCAGGUGUCUAAGUUAGGAAAGACAGGGUGGGGUGGUAACUUCCUCAGCAACAAUCCAAGUUACACCAGUCCAAGCACAUUUAUUCAUGUCUCAUAUCUUAAUGGCCACAGCUGCUGAACACAGUUUAGAUUAAUUUAAAUGCUAAACAAUUAAUGGUUUUCAUUGGUAAUUUUCCCAAUAUUUAUUUUGGGCUCAAAAUAGAAGUAUAUUUUUGGAAAAAUAUAUCCCACUCUGUACAUAUUGAAACAAAUGCUCUGUAUGAGCAAUGAACUGUAACUCACCUGGCCAGGACCUUCAUAACCAUUACCACUUAAAUUGUAAGGUUCUGAGUAUCUACGUAGGAAUCAAAAAAAUAAAAAACAAAAUCAAACCUCAAGAUACCUCAGUCUUGUACAGACAUCUCCUUGGGUUCUCACAGGGAAGAGCUUUCAGCAGUUUUCCUGGCGGUAUUAGUAUUUGAUCCAGCACAAAUCUACGUGCUUGAGGUACUGAAAAUGAUGAUAAUAAAGUGAUGCUACUAUGUUAAGAACAAACUUCACUGCUAUGUAACAGGAAAGUUUGAAAAAUACUUUAAUAAACAGUAAACCUAAGGAAGAAAAAGCAUCUGAAGUAUUUAGAAGAUACUUUGCAAAAACUGCUAAGGCUCACACGCUAAUCUCAGCUCUUCUGAGAUGGUGCCAUUAUAACUGAACUGUGUAGUAAUACAGAUGUCACUUCCCUUAACCCUCACAGUCCAGUCCCAGGCAUGACUUGAGUUCAGCUAUUGGGAGGGAGUGUCAGCAGAGGCCACCUGAGCAAGUGAGUAGAAUUCACCUAACCACAAAGGAUCCGUAUGCUUAGCUCUGCUGAAACAACAGCCCUUGGAGCAGUAGCGUAGCAGCUAAAACCAUUCCCACCUAUUUUAACUGGAUGGGGAAUUUGUGAUGCUGUGUGUGAGGAGGAGGUAGGUGCUCUUCCCACUGUAGGAACCAAUGCUUUUGACUUCCUUCCGUUACCACUGCCAAAUGAUACCUUUGCCAAAGAAAGAGACACGUCGAGGUGGGUCAUCUAUGUGAUUUUAGACAAAAAAAGCAUUCACAGCAAAAGAAUAAUGUAGCGUGUAACAGUACACAGAAACAAAACUGCCCUGGAUGGAUAGCAAAGUUCCAACAAACUUGACACUACAGUUGCAGUAACUGCCCUGAACUGUCUGACAGGUUUUUCUACAGAGGACAGAUACUCCCUGUAGCAGACGCCUUGGGCAUGUCAAUUUAACAGUCUGAGAAGCAAUGCUAAACUGGUGACAAAGUGGGUCUGAGUUUGCAUGGGACUGGCAAUAGCUUGUUAUGGGACAAAACUGGCAACACCUUUACCUCUUUAGUAGUUUGAGAACUCCCAUGAGGAUGCCUGAGGCAGCCAGGCUUUCAGAAGUGCUAGACAUGAGUAACUUCCACUGAUACUGUCUACCUUCCCCUGACUCUCUGAUGUUACAAAUUAAUCCAAGACUUAAAAAUAGGUUUACAAACUGGCACUGCUAAUGAAGUUGGCAACCUUCCUCAGAAAGGCUUUUGUAAUAAACAAAUGAACACAGAUGAAGCCAACAGAUGCCUAUGCUGCCCAGGCUCAACUAGGCCUCAUUCAGUAGGAAGCAGGGUGAGGAUGAAAACUUACAAAGCUCAGGGACAUCUAAUGGCUGAUGCACUGAUGCAGGAGGCAAUCCCAUCCCAAUGUUGCUCAAUUUUAUUUAUCCAAUCCUAAUCAACACAAAGAGUUCAGAACAUUUUAUCACCACCUACUUCAGCCUGAAGCAUCGUCUCUCUCACUUAUGCUGCCCUUCUUUGCAUCCACAGAGCUGUCUAACUGACCAUCUCCAAUGGCACUGACCUACCCACUUGCUCAAAUCCUGUGAUGUGCAGAUGUACUUGCCAAACAGGUACAACUGAGU